AUGCCCAGCCUUUUUCUCAACACAUACAAUUUCUCAUAUUCCUUUAAUGAAUCGACCGCUAUAUCUAUCUAUCUAUCUAUCUAUCUAUCUAUCUAUCUAUCUAUCUCAUUCUGUUUAUAUCUGUCUAUCUAUCUAACUAUCGAUCUCAUUCUGUUCAUAUCUAUCUAUAUAUCUAUCUCAUUCUGUUCGUAUCUAUCUAUCUAUCUAUCUAUCUAUCUAUCUCAUUCUGUUCAUAUCUAUCUAUAUAUUUAUCUCAAUCUGUUCAUAUCUAUCUAUCUAUCUAUCUAUCUCAUUCUGUUCAUAUCUAUCUAUCUAUCUAUCUCAUUCUGUUCAUAUCUAUCGAUCUCAUUCUGUUUAUAUCUAUCUAUCUAUCUAUCUAUCUAUCUAUCUAUCUAUCUAUCUAUCUCAUUCUGUUUAUAUCUGUCUAUAUAUCUAACUAUCGAUCUCAUUCUGUUCAUAUCUAUCUAUAUAUCUAUCUCAUUCUGUUCGUAUCUAUCUCAUUCUGUUCGUAUCUAUCUAUCUAUCUAUCUAUCUAUCUAUCUAUCUAUCUAUCUAUCUAUCUCAUUCUGUUCAUAUCUGUCGCUCUCAUUCUGUUUAUAUCUAUCUAUCUAUCUAUCUAUCUAUCUAUCUAUCUAUCUAUCUCAUUCUGUUCAUAUCUGUCGCUCUCAUUCUGUUUAUAUCUAUCUAUCUAUCUAUCUAUCUAUCUAUCUAUCUAUCUAUCUCAUCAUAUCUGUUUCAUUCUGUUUAUAUCUAUCUAUCUCAUCUAUCUAUCUAUCUAUCUAUCUAUCUAUCUAUCUCAUUCUGUUUAUAUCUGUCUAUCUGUUUAUAUCUAUCUAUCUAUCUAUCUAUCUCAUUCUAUGA